AAAAGUAGCGACCAUCCUUCUACUAUGUGGUCUGCUUACAGGAGACGACACUGUAUCAAUACGUGGACCAAACAACAACUGAGAGAGAAAUGAAUCACUGGAAGCAGAAUUUCUCUCUCUUGCUGAGGAACUCCGGUCGCACAUUCUGAGUUUCUUUUCCUGGCGAGAUAUUCUUCGUUCAAGUAUGUAAGGCACCUCACCAGACGUACAGUCUCUAUACCAGACCAAUACCGUCUAUGACAGAAGACUAUCCCUCGCCGAUGGGCAUCUCUGCCUCCACGACAGAGAUGAAGAUUCAGCCAAAAUCCUUCCGAUACUACCAAAGCCCUCAUAGCAAAAAAUUGAGCGUGAUUUAUUCCCCAAUCGCUGUAUUUUGUUCCAAAGACAGACAGCAUCGAUGUGCUCAUGGCCCCAACGUAAAUUCUGAUUGCCAUCGCGUGUGUCAUUACCGGACGCAUUUUACAACCGGGCGACGUGAAGCUCUUUAUUGGACUUGGAGCCCUGGAUGGAGGCGCCCAUCCCUAAGCUGCUGGAUAAAUACUGUUCAUGCUGGGACACUCCAGUGCGGGAACAUCCUCUUUAAACCAAACAGUCCGGGGAAGUUCAAGGGUUUUUGGAGGCGUAUCACUCUCUGGUACUCCCUGCAGUUUGAUGAUGCAGGCAGCUUUACAUGCAACCGGAUCAUGCGAUGGUUGGAGAUACGAGACCGGCAACGCUCAACAACAUCCAUUAGCUUUCUCAGUGACACAUUCAACUCAGUGCCUGAUGACUCGAUGGAUUUUUGUUUCCUCGGACGUGAUAGAUUACUGAUUGCCAGCUACAGCCUGAAAAUCUACUCAAUCGAGGAUAUGUCCCAAGCGCCAUGAUUACUGGCGUGUCUCUUGUUGCCUGUACCAUCAAUGAUGAAGAUAAAGUACAUCCUUCCGAUGGACGACAUUAAACAUAGUUCGCAAUCACAGAUACAGGCCCAACAAGCCAUGUGGACAUUAGACCCUCACCAUCAACCAACAUCCAUUCUGACAUUUUUUUCGCACCUCGUCUUCAUUGCUUCCACCAGGAUUUUCUUCGAACUUGACGUCUUUGAAGGAAUAGUUCCCAUGAUGACAUGGAAACAUUGGGGCCCUCUAAAUGCUCGUGUUCUUAUGGCCAAUAUCUGUGGGUUGGCGUUAGCCGAAAUCGAGUUUUGUUUCGUGCAGCGGAUAAUGUCCUGGGAUACAGGUUACAUAUGCUGGACUUCAACCCGUUAGCU